AUGAGCGCCAUGAUCGAGCGCGACGAGCUGCCCCCGCCGCCGGCCAUCGGCCCGUCCCCGCGCCUGAGCGGCAGCAUCGACCGGCCGCGGCCGUCGCCCGUGUCGACGUCCCACCGCUACAGCUUUGGGUGGGACGAGUCGCCGGGCCCGCGCCGCGACCUCUCGAGCCCGCGCAUCGCGUACAACGGCCAGAGCCUCUUCGAGAAGUUCUCGCCGGAGUUGCAUCGACGGACCGUGCCGCGACCAGCGCCCGCGCCCGGCGCCGCCCCGCUCCCCGCGGAGGCCGAGCCCUGCGAGCCCUUCAGGACCGUGUCGAUAUCGCCGCCGGCGCACAAGAAGCGGCGCUGCGUGACCUGGCCCGACUCGCGCUACUACGCCAUGCUGAGCGUGACGAAGGAGUCGACGACGGAGGAGCUCACCAAGUCCUACCGGAAGCUGAGCCUCAAGGUCCACCCGGACAAGCGCGGGGGCAGCGAGGAGGCGUUCCAGAAGCUGAACCGGGCCUACGAGGUGCUCAAGGACGAGAAGAGCCGCGCGGCGUACGACCGCUUCGGCUUCGACCUCGGCGACGACACGUCCGCGGACGACCUGGCGCAGGAGAUCGGCACGCACGCGAACCGCGCCGUCGGCGUCGCGGCGAUCCGCACGGCCGUGGCCAUGGUCAUCUGCUGCGCCCUGCGGCGACGGUGGCUCCGGGCCGCGGCGAUCGCCGCGUGCGGCGUGUCCGCGCUCGCGGGCCGGCUCCGGGGCGACGCGAAGCUGGAGAAGAUCGGCUUCCGCGUCGUCGUCGUGCCCGUCGUCGCCUGGCUGCUGGCGGCGCUGGGCUGGACCUUCGUCUUCGAGGCCGCGAUCUACUGCCUCGGGCUCGGCAUGCUCGAGUACCGGUCGAACCGCGCGCGCGCCGCCGCGCUCGUCGGCGGCGUGCUCUGCCGCAAAUGGUUCGGGAGCCGCCUCUGGAUGUUCGUCAAGGUCCUCACGAUGCAGAUCAUCUCCCUGGCCGUCUGCCACUUCUUCUUCGUGCUCGUGGCCGCGCUCGUCAAGGAGCUCGUGGACCAGAAGCUCAAGGCCUACGGCGCCAAGUUCCGGGAGCUCGUCCAGCAGGCCAAGGAGAACCCGGCGGCCUUCCCGUCGGGGUCGCCGGACAAGGCCGAGGCGCCGACGAGGACGAGGUACGCGACCGGGAUCGACUGGUGGCCGCAGCCGCUGCAGAAGUCGACGACGACGUCGCCGGGCCGCGCGAGCCGGUCGACGUACCACAUGACGUUCUCGAGCUGCUGCCGCUUCCGCGCGCGCCGCGCCUCGGGCAGGCCGCCGCCGCCGUCGUCGCCGACGUCGAGCGCCGCGGGCAGGGACGCCCAGUCGUAG